ACAAGCACCUGCCAAUGCUGCACCUAUGAGUCCAGAAUCAAAUCGGUUGGAGCAAGCGCAAAAGGCUCAACAGCUUUUGUCAAUGAUUGCGUCGGCGCAAGGUCAUCAGCAGCCAUCUCCACAGCAGCAACCUGUUGCACCGGUAUACCAGCCUCAGCCUAGUGCUUCUUUGGCAGGACAGGCGCAACCUGCGCAAGUACAACAGCUACUGAGCAUGCUGGUAAGACUAUUAUGUUCGUAGGAUAAAGGCAAGGAGGGUCACGUCAUUAAUUAAUACAUGUGUUUAGACUCAGGCCGUGAAUCAACAGCAAGCUGCCGCACCCCCACCCAUGCCUCAGCAGUCAGCUGCAGCUGUCUUGCAAGCAAAUCCUGCUCUCCAGCAGCUGGCGCAAUUUCUUCAAAACCCUGCACUUCAGCAACAGCAACCCCCGACACAGCAGCAUCCUUCUCAAUCACCACAAAACAUGUCCCAACAGCAACCACCUGCUCACCAUCCGCACCAAAACAUUCCUCCGUAUAAUCCGUAUUCACGGCAAUGAGAUGGGACGUCAUGUUAGCGUGGGUACGACCGUUUUGCAACAGCAUGGUGGAAAGAAAAAGGUCAAUAGUUCGAUGUAGCAUUGAGAAUUCACGUUAAAACCAAAUAAUAAAAUAAAAUAAGAAUACGCAAAGAAUAUUACACUUGGUUAACCAACAGAUCAUGAUAUGCUAUCCUGACGUCCUCGAGCUAGUAAUUAAUAUUCACUACGCC